AUGGGCCACGCGAGCACAUUCAGGGGCAGGGAGCCGCGGAGCCGUCCUCAGCCUCUGCACGCUGAGCAGGAAGAAGGGGCAAGAUGUGACCUUUCUCUGGACGGACAGACAGACGCAGAUCUGUGGGGCGAGGGCUCCAGCUGUACAGCCUGUGCGGAGGCCAGUGCUCCCCUCUCCUCUGGGACCCGGGCGGCGGUGGGCAGGCCAGAUCAGGGCCGGCUCCGCUCAUCAUCCAGCCAUUAA